UUCACGGGUUCACCGCCAUUGUCAGGGCCUUUGGGGGGUGGAUGGACAGUGCCGGUGACUGACACUGACGGUGACGGUGACUCACGACUCUCUCUCUCCCCUCGGGGUCAUGGCACGCGCUUGGAUACUCGCCCGUCGCUCCGUUUCCUUGCUUUGUCGCUGCUUUCUCCGGUUUCUUCCCUUUCCAUUUCCCUUUUACUAAUUAUUAUUCCCGUCUUAAUGUCGUCGUUUCAUGCGUUGUCGCGCUGGUGUUCAGGUUGGGGGAUUCCUUUUACCAUUUCGGGAAGACAGGCCCUCACUUUUCUUUUCUUUUCUUUUUCUUUUUCCUUUUCUCGCGGUUUGCGAUCGAAUUAUUGCCCCUUUUUCAGCGUCGGACGUUCAGAUACCCCGUCUUGUAUGUAUGUCAUGGUGUUUUUCCUUGUUUCCUUGUUUCCCUUCAUUCUCAUACCCCGAGCAUGUUACACCGAACAGCUCCCGCGUUACUUUAGAUGGAUUGAUUGCAUUUGCAUAGCUCAGCGACAUACCCAGGAUUCUGCAGCGAUGGUUUGGUUGAUUUCUUUUCGUUUUCACCCUCAUGUGAAUGAUAGCGCUGAAUUCAUGUGGCACAUACCCUCUACCUACAUAAUCUUCACCUACAUAAUCUUCAUUUACAUAAUAUUCAACUACCAUAAUACUCACGGACAUUUCCGAAUCAUAUCCACCAUCCAUUCAUCCGUCUUAGUAGAUAGAUAAUCAAUAACCUCCCGUAGAGCAGACAGCCACAUCCAUCACCACGAACUAUCCAAACACCAUCAUCAGCACUAUAGUAGACAGGGAAUACACGGACAUUCCCGAUCCACCCCCCAUCACCCAUCCAUUUACCCCAUAUGUAAAUAGUAAGAUAGUAAGAUCGUAAGUUUGCUAAUAUACCCCAUGGAGAACUCCGUCCCCGUACUCCGUACUCCACACUCCAUCCAUCCAGACUUCGGUCCAAACUACUCCGUAAACUCAAUAUCAACGA